AUGCUAAGAACUACUGCCUCCCGACAAAUUGCGCUAAGGAGGGGUCUAGCUAGCAUAAAUACAGGAACUGUUACAUCCAACAAAGCUCCACACAAAAUUCGCAAUGCCUUCUGGGCUAUUGCCUUAUCGGCUGCAACCUUCUAUACUGGAGGUAUCAUAUAUUCCCAAAAAAACGACAAAUUCGGAGACUUUUUCUCUAAUAAUAUUCCUUUUGCUGAAGGUCUGUUGGAAACAUAUGAGCAUUAUCAUGAUAGGCCAACUCUAUUUCUGGAAGAUUCCUGGGAUAAUUUGAAGUCAAGGACCAGCGAGUUAGUUCCAGGAUUAGCAACCGGCUCGUCAGGUCGCAAUUCUAAGAACAAGAACGCUGAAGUGAAGAAAAUUUUAUCACUAGAACCACUUGAUAUUAAAACGGAAAAUUCUGACCCACAAUUGAAAGAAAUCAUAGACUCUUUAAAUAAGCUCAUUAACAAUUUAAAUGAUUCAAACAUCUCUAUCCCGGAAACAAAAUACAUAUCCGUGAAGCAGUCUAACGAAAGCAUGCUUACAAACCUUUCUCAGUUAAAUGAAACGCUGAAAGAGGAUCUAUCGAAGUACAUGAUACAAAGAACAUCAGAAGUAAUUACAGAACUAAAUACACAGUAUGAAAGCUCAAAAAGGGAAUUUGAAGAAAACCUUCAAAAAAAUCUGCUACAAGAGGUAGACGAAUUCAAGGAAAACUUGACCAGACAAAAAGACAAAGAACUGGAAGAAAAAUUAAAGGCUAAUGAAGAAUUACUACAAACCAAACAUGCAAACGAAGUAGGUUUACUGUCAAUCACUCAAGUUAAAGAGUUUAAUAAAAUAAUCAAGGAUAAAAUUGAAAAGGAAAGAAAUGGCAGAUUGGCCCAUUUGGAGGAAAUAAACUCUGAAGUUGCUGAUUUGAGCAAGUCCAUCGACAAAUCGAGUAAAAUUUUGAGUAAAAACGAGGCCCUCGUACAAUUAACUUUUCAAAUAGAUGAGAUCAAGUCCAGAAUUUAUAACAAUAACUUGCCUAAUGUAAGAAUCGACGAGGAAUUAUCCAAGUUAAAGGUUCUUUCCGAUCUUCUCUGCACUUUCAACAAAAAAUCUUGUUGUGAUGACGGCAAGUGUUGUUCCAGCAAAAGAGAUACCAAGAACGAAAACAAAGCGAAGAUAGUGUCAUGCAAGUGUCAACCAAAGACAAAUCCUCCAUCACUACUAAGCGUAGCUUUAAGUGAAUUAGAAACAACUUGCAGCGGUAAGACCAUUUUAUCUAAUGAGCAAAUCUAUAACAGAUGGAACUUGCUAGCUGAUGACUUCAAAACAGCCUCUCUAUUGCCACCAAAUUCAGGCAUUCUAGGGCAAUUAGGUGCAAAGAUAUUUUCUCUUUUCUUGUUUACUAAGACAGGUAAUCCAUCGGAUACCACAGAUUUCGAUUCUGUUUAUGCAAGAGUUGGUGAUAACUUGAGAAUAUCCAACUUAAACGAGGCUGUUGAGGAAGUUGUCUCCCUAAAGGGCUGGUCUCAUAGAGUCUGUGAAGGUUGGAUCGAAGAUGCUAGAAGAAAACUGGAAGUUCAGCGUUUGGUAGAAAUUCUCGACUGUGAAAUAAGGACAUUAUGA